AUGUCGAGCCUCACGUCGAUACUGGCCUUUGCGCAUGGCGGGGGGUCCUUGCUGCCCCCGAAGGACGCCCACAUCCACGUAUCCGACACGCUGGACGCUCAUGGCGUAUUUGUUCUGCUACAGUACGCCAUCAAGGCCCUCCAAGAUGCACGUCCCGUCGUCUGGGUCAGUGUCCGUGCGGACGGCCCCACACAUCUCGCCCACAUCGCUCGGAAAGCCGGCAUUUCUCUGGAUACCCCGCACUUUGUCUAUAUCGAUGCUACUUCGUUCCUGGAUGACUCGCUCGUGCCAUUGCAUGAGAUCAUUCAGCAAGCUCUGCCUCCGCCGGCAUCUCAUCCCGACACACAAGCCGGUGCAUUGGUCAUCAUCGACAGCUUAUCCAUGCUGCAGUGGUGCUUGAGUGGUACACCAGAGCAUAUAUACCAUACCUUUGUCAACUGGCUCCGCCUUCUGAGACAGACGUGCGAAUCGCUGGACACAGCGCUACUUACCCUCAUGCAGGCCGAUGCCUGUGCCGCCGUCAGUCACCGUGGCACACUCGACCAAAGCGAUGAACGUCUUUUUCGUUAUCUGCUACGCACGGCUGACGUAUGGGUCUCCGUUAGCGAGCUGCCUAGUGGUCGCGCAGCCGCCUGCGACGGCGAAUGUGGCAUGUAUGCCCUCGUUCGGCCUAUGAUGGCUAGAACAUCUAGGCCAUCUGACCCCAUCUACCCAUUUCUUAUGGAAAGAUACAUACCUGCACCGACCAAGUUCUUGUACCGAAUCCUGCCAGACGGUACCGGUCCCAAACAAGACGAUGGCACACGUGCGAUUGUGCGUGUGUGGUCCAGAGGCAGCGGUGCAGAUGUGAUCUAG